CGUUGUUUUUGUUUUUUUUCUUCUUUCUUCACCUCAAUAAGAAAACGGCGAUAACAGAAUGUUUGGGCCAUUCGAAUAUCUUCCUCAUUACCUACCGCCACCCUCAGAGAAGCCUUUUCACCGUUACCGUUAUCAACCUUAUCAGCGUAAAAGGCCCUUUUUUUGCUUAUGUAUUCCAUCUAGAUUUGGUCUUCCUCUAUUGCUUUUGAUAUGGAUUAUUACCAGUUUUUUCUUUGCGAUUUAUUCAUUUCUCAACAAAAGUGCCUUCUUUUCUACAGUACCAAACAGGAUUAUGCUGAAUGUUUUUGGUACUUUGAAUUUGCUAAGCGCUUUAACAUGCUUUUACGGAUUUUACGUAGUAUAUCAUAAGCAACGCCAAUCAGGCAUUAACAAGUACCAAAGAUACGUUAAAAUUACUGCUGUUUUCAAUUCAAUGGUGAUUAUUGAUGCUGCUAUCAAUUGCAUCCUCUUUGGCAUUGAUAAAGACGAUUUUGUGCAGCAAUGUGAAGUCAGCGCGGCAGCGAAUAUAAUGCUUCAUUUUUCACAAAAUAAUAUUACCAGCGUGGUUGUGGAAGAAAUUAUGACAAAGUCCAGCAACCUAUUUAAUUGUUCUCAACUGUUUGAAAUAGAAUUAGGGUGGUCCAUAGGUUUGUUGACAGUGAUAGCAAUCUUUUAUGUCUGGUGGACCAUUUUCCUCUUCAGAGAUUUACGAUACCACUUUAUGGAACCCCAAAAGAUGAUAGGUGUCCCACCUGCGAUGGCCCCUUACCUUUAUAAUUCAGUACUAUUUCGUUCUCCAAUGGUGGAGACACCAAAUUUAGGCGGUGGACCUGCUGGUCUUGCCGCUGCUAGAGCUUUACGAAACGAAAAUGCUUUCGCUACCAUUACCAUUUUCGAACGAAAUGAACACAAUGGCGGUACCUGGUAUUACACGCCAGAAACAAAUGAUGCACCACCUUUUCCUUCCACCAAUGCUCUCGAGGUGGAUAGGACAUUACAAGCAGACCGGGUUAACUCACCGAUGUAUGCUCAUCUUCAUACCAAUCUGCCAAAAUCAGUUAUGUGUUUCCAGGACUUUCCCUUCUCCACAGAAACACCCGAUUUUCCCUCUCACAAAGACGUCUUCCAAUAUCUUGAAAGUAUGGCAGUGAAAGAAGACUUGAAGUCUUACGUACGCUUCUCAACUAUGGUAGAAAAAGUUGAGUGUAAGAACAAUGCGUGGUACGUGUCCGUAGCUACGACAAAUAAUGAUAACAAGAAGUAUACAGAAAAAUUUGAUGCUGUGGUAGUUGCUACUGGUCAUUACAGUGUUCCUUAUAUUCCGGACUUCCCAGGUCUAGACAAAUUGAAUGAGAAUAAACGCAUCCAGCUUCUUCAUUCGAGAGACUACCGUGAGCCAACCAUUUACAAAGACAAGGAUAAAAAUAGUUUGACAUACUUGAAGACAAUUCUUGUUAUAGGUGGCGGCUCAUCUGCCAUUGAUAUAGCGAGAGAACUUUCAACUGUUGGCAGAAAAGUAUACCAAAGUAUUCGUACAGAAACUGAACUUUACCGGCAAACCAAACCGAAGGAUGUUAUCCGAGUGAACCAAGUAGAACGUUUUGUUCAUGAUGACGAGACUAACACCUCUUGUAUAGAACUGGCCAAUGGUGACAUACUAACUGGCAUUGAUUUGGUUAUUUUCGGCACUGGGUAUUUGUACAGCUUUCCCUUUCUGCCUUUCCAAAAAGACAACCUGAUCAAAACGGGGCAAAAAGUUUUCCAUUUGGAUCACUACAUGUUCUAUCAUCAAGAUCCAAGCUUGUGCUUCUUGGGUUUGCCUAUCAGAAUUGUUCCUUUCCCUUUAAUUCAACGGCAAGCCAUUGUAAUGGCAAGAUAUUGGUGCAAAAAAAUACCUAUGUUACCUUAUUCAAUCUCUAAAAAAGAUGACCUUGCUGAUGACGACAGAGAAGAGCGAGCUGAUUUUAUCUUGGGACUCGAAAAAGAGUUUGACUAUAAUCAUCGUUUGGGCGCUUGGGCUGAAGGUUGGGUUGAGAAAAACAUAGAUGGAUGGCAAUCAACCAAUCGUCUUACUGGUCGUUUAAGUGAGCAAUGGAAGGAGAACAGAAAAAACGCAUUACUCCUUCGUAAGCAAUACUUGGGGUAUUAG